AUGUGCUCUCAAUGUUUCAAAGAAACUAGUAACAAAAAUGGUCAAAAUGCCAAUAAUAUUACUUCUACAACUUCAACAAAUCAAAUAAAUUUACCACUUACAACAACUAAAUUUGAAGGUUCUUCAGUUCAAACAAACACUACCGCAACAGCUGAACAAGUCACUCCUCUCACUACAACCACAAUUACUGCUAAUAGCGGAGAAUCUGUUGCUGAACCCUGA